GAUAAUGUAGUCAAAUCCACCUUCUAGAGUUUUCUCGGAAGCAGUAGGGGUUUUGGGGUAUACACAAACGAAGGAAAGAUCGCUUUCGAACGAUCGCUUUUGGAACAACUCGCUAGGAGCCUUGGUAGCGAAAACAAAGACAGAAUUGUCCGUGUUACGAUCCUCAGUAUGGUUUUUCUUCCAGCUUUUACGCUAUCAAUUUUGAAUUUACUCCUCUCUGCGAUUCCUGCUCAAGCCAAACUGUCUGCAGAAUGCACUUUCGCGGAAAUUAAGUCAGAGAAGAGUCAAAACGUAACGGCCCAACCGGCACUGAAAUUCACUGGAGAACUCCCUUCCUCAAGAAAUCUGAGUCACACCUGUCUUGUAGAGACGAAUGAUACAACUCGACUGAUGUAUUUGAGAGCCAAAAGGAAUGAAUGGUCAAUAGAAGGUUCACUGCACGUAUCUGCCUAUGAAGAAGACGAGGGAUCCUUGCUAAUUAGCCAUCUUGGUAUAUCAACCUCUGAGGCUGGAUGGAAAAGAUGUCCUUUCUGUCCAACCAAGGGUAAGGCUAGGGGAAAGCACUUAUUGUUUUCAGGCACAACCGGCGUCAGUUUCAUGGCGGAAAUGCAACAAGAGGGAGGUAUUCAAUUGGAUGACCCAGUGAAAGUCGAACUGAGUGCAAAGGAUACUUAUCCAGCUGUUUUUCAGUUCACCCCAGCAGAGGACAUUUCAGGGACACAACUUGACGUAACUGUCACUUCUGAGUCUGAUGACGUACCAGCUUACUUAAAAGUAUCACGUGACUGCAAGGAUGUCAAAGAGAAUAUUGACGAUGUGGACUAUAAGGGAGGGUCACUUCGUCUGUCGUUCGCUAAAAAGGGACGGAUUACUUUGUCCAAGUUCUCCACUCCACCUUUGACCGCUUCCACUUCCAGUUGGUUUAUUGGAAUCGCAAUCAAGAACGCCUCAGGUGACACGCCAAUUAAUGCGAGGAAAAAAGUGACAUUAACUUUAAAAAGAUCAUUUGCUUAUUCAUACGCCCGUCCCAUGUGGAUAGUACAGUGUGUGUUUUGCAUUCUUAUAGGUUUGGUUGUUGUAUCUAUAUGGGCAUGGUUUAGUUUUAGAGAAUACCCCUGUGUAGCCCUAUGUGAAAUUUUCUCAGCUAUGCCGUGCUUUCCGUUUUAUUACUUGUUAAUUCAGGGUCCUAAAACUUUCUCUUACAUCACAUUUAUUGUCGGCUCGGUUUUAAUGGUGGGUUCAUUCCAGUUUGUCUUUGCAGACUGGUAUUUAAUGAUUCAAGAGGGUGAUAGAGAUCACUGUUAUUACAACGAUUUCUGCUAUCGAGUACGUUAUGCUGAUAUUCCCUAUAAUUUAAUCGUCAGCAAUCUAGUUUACGUCUUGCAUGGCUUGAUUUUAGCUAUAAAUGUUCUCUUCAUGGAGUCAGAGGUACUUGCUAAAUGUAAGAAACUUGCAAGCUCUGCAAAAAAAAAUUGGGAAGAUAGAUUACGGCUUGCAUGCGAGAAAAGGAAAAAGGAAGUAGACGAAUUUAUAAACAAAAAAAAGAAAAGCAAGAAAAACGACAAAAAAGUGACAAAAUCCUCUUUUGUAGAAGCACUUAAAAAAAGAUAUAGUUUUUCCAUAGGUUACGCACUUGCCUGGGCUCUGUGCUUUCAGGGAAUGUUUUCUGCACUUUAUCAUUUCUGUCCAAGUAGGUUUACAUUUCAAUUCGAUACAGCUUUUAUGUUUGUCAUUGCUGGUUUAAGUGUUAUUUUACUCUACAAUGGCAUUGAAAGGCAGCCGUGCACCACAGAAGUUAAAGCGAAAAGUCGUGUUGAGGCAGCCAAUUUCUUUCUUCUCUUCUUAGUUCCAUUAUUGAUUUUUAAUUAUUUUGGAACAAUGUAUCAUUCUGAAGCAGGUUUAAAAAAAAUAUUCCAAAUCCCUUUCUUUUUAUUUUUUAUUGUAUGGUUUUUAAUCAUAGCAACGUGGGCUGGAUAUGAGGUGUAUGCAGUUUGCAGUUGCACCAAAGGAUUUUUAUUAACCCUUUUUAUCUUAUCUGGCUUCGUAGUUACACCACUUGCUCUAUUAAUUCUUUGGUCUAUAAAAAUAUUAGAAUUUACUGACGCCAUUCUGUGGUUUUGUAUAGCAGAGAGCGUAGUUGCUUCCGGAGGAUCUUUCUGUCUGGGUCUAAAGUGUGAGGAACUGAAGGGUACACUUUGUUUUAUCAUCAAAAUAUUUUUUGAAGUGUUAUAUACCUUUGUAAUACUGGCACUUAAUGGUAUAGCUCUGUGGAUUUUCUUUGCCAAAGAAACCACUGACAAGAGUAAGUCUCCAGAGAAAUCACGUGACCUAAAUCAGGAAUGUAUUCUCCUAGCUUUUUUUGACUGGCAUGAUGUGUGGCAUUUUUGUUCCUCUUUUGGUCUAUUUAUGGCUGCACUUAUGGUUAUCCAUACUAGUUAUGAAACUCGUGCAACAACUGGUGUUUCUUAUGAACCGCAAUCAGUUCCCGUUUAG